AUGGCACAAGAGAAUACACCGGACUCGGCCGCUCGGAACUCGGCUUCUGAUGCCGUCGACGUUCAAGAGAUCGAAGAGGCUCUGCAGCCGUUCGAGAUCAACCUCUACCUCCCAAAACGUCCCCUCAUCCCAUCGGCUGCUGCUUCCCAACACGGCUUGCCAGAGACGCCUUCGCCGCUCAAGGUCGCUGUGACACCUCAAGAGACGCUCAAUGACCUUCGCGUGACCAUCACCGACAGUCCCGAGGGUUAUUGGCUCGGCGCCUUUUGCUUCCGCAAGCCUCUCCCUGGCGCCGCCUCUACCGCAAAGGGCGCCAAGGCUCAGCUGGGUGAACGUGUGCCAGAAUGGAUCGAGCUUCGCGAGAUCUUUGACGGCAUCGACAGGGACAAACGAGAGCUCCACGUCACCCACGUUCCAUUCAACGAAGCGGACGCCCGCGCACACGUGCAGCGUCUUCGUGAUCUGCUUAGUGGAGGUGCUGCUGAUCCCAGCGCUAUCGGUGUCGACGCCGCCCUCAGUGUUCAAGACGCCGUCCGAAAUCCGCAAGAAUGGCAGCAGGACGUCGCUCGUCAGAAUGUCAACGGUCGCGCUGCCACCAAGAAGGGCGAUAACGAUGCUGCAGAGACGUCACCAGAGCUGCCGCUGCCUCUCGUGGACUGGGCCGGCUGGCCCGCUGUCACGGCCAUCGAUCUGAUUCCCCAAGUAGCACGACGUCCUCGCCAACUGCCCGUCUGCCUCCGUCAGCUCUCACUCGCAUCCUGGAAUCCACCGCCGCAGCACUGCAAGCUCAAUGGCCACCUCCUCUACCUUCAGGUCGGCACCCUUGAGGGCGAGGUUAUCUUUGUCACGGCGUCCACCCACGGAUUCUACGUCAACCGUUCCUCCGGCGCUCGCUUCGACCCCUCGCCUCGCCCCGCAGGACAAGACUUUGCAUCUUGCUCGCUCUUUGAUCUCCUCUGCGGAUUCUCGCCCCUCUUCCUCUCGUCCUUCUCCAAGCUCUUUAACGACCCUCUCUCAUCGCGAGACUACUUUUCCGCGGUUCCCGUCACAAACGCAUUGCCCGCCUUCCCAUGGCUCGCACGCAACCACGCUCACAGUGCAGACCCUCUUCGCUCGCAAGCUGCUUUCCUCCUCACAGGUGCCGCCUCGGCCGACACGUUGGAGGGUACCAGAGACUGGAACGACGAGCUGCAGUCCGCUCGAGAGCUGCCGCGCACCACGCUCCCUGAACGUCUCAUGCGUGACCGCGUGCUCAACCGCAUCUACUCCGAAUUCACCCUGGCUGCUGCCCGUGCCAUCCCCAAGGUGGCUGCCGGCGAGGUGCAGGCCAUGAACCCUAUGGACAAGCGAGACGCUCAGAUGUUCAUCGUCAACAAUCUCUUCAUCUCCAAGGGCGCUGACGGGGUCGAGCUCUACCCUCACAUGGGCGGUGACGAGGCGGCACACGUCGCCGUUGGCAAAGAUGUCCAGGGUGUCAAGACACUCAACAGUCUCGAUGUCGGUGGCCUCUGCUUGCUCGGCACCAUUGUCGUCGACUGGAAGGGAGAGCGCUGGGUUGCCCAGAGCGUUGUCCCAGGCCUUUUCCGCAGGCGAGACGACGCGGAAGAGGGUGCCGAAGCUGAUGGUGAAUCCGUCGAGGUGGCUGACAAGAAGACGCCCGAUUCCAAAGACGGUCUUCCGGCCAAAGCUGACCUCAACGAUGACACGCAGGUUGUCUAUGGAGGAGUCGAGGGUCCUGAGGUGAUCCGCGACAAUGCUGCCUUCCACAAGCUUUUCAACCAGGUGGCACAGACCCUUCAUCUCAACGAACACCAGGUCGAGGAUGCCAAGGGCAACAAGCACCCGCUCUGGCUCAGUGUCGACUCGAAAGGUCUCCGCGGCGCAGAUGGUCGACGCUAUGUGCUCGAUCUUGCGCGCCUGAACCCUGUCGACAUCAACUGGCUCGAGAACGACCUCGUCGGAGCAAUUCACGGAGCCGCAGCGUCUUCCGACGAGACGCCGCGCUACCCUCAUCGCAUGACCCUUCUCCGACCCGAGCUACUCGAGAUCUACUGGGACAGUGAGUUCCGCAAAUGGGCACGCGCCAAACUCGCGGCCCGCCAAGAGGCCAAGGCGGCCAAGGACGCGGAAGCGAAAGAGGGCGACAAGGCUGAGGCGGCCGAGCCUGAGCAAGAAGAGCCCGAGCGCCUGGACUCCUCUGACUUCAAAUUGACCUUCAACCCAGACGCCUUUGUCGAGUUCAAGGUCGCUGAUGCCUCGGCGCAGGAUGGAUCCAAGGUCAUCACGCCCAUCACGGACGAGUCGGAUGCGAGCAUCGCUGCAGUACGUCAGGCCUCAGACUUUUUGCGCAAGGUCGCCAUCCCGCGCUUCGUCACCGAUGUGGCUGCCGGCCUUUUCACCGCUGCCGACGGCGGUGCUCUGAGUCGUCAGAUGCACGCACGAGGUAUCAACGUUCGCUACCUUGGUUACGUUGCCCGUCUCUGCACGUCGGAAGCGAAGCAGGAGCUCGAUCAGGAACUCAUCACCAAGGCGGGCCCUGGCCACGAAGGUUUCUUGAAUGCGUUCCGACUGACGGUGCUGCAGGAGAUGGUGCUGCGGGCGAGCAAGCGAAUCCUUCGAGGACUCAUCCGCGAUGUCGAGCAGGUGAACGUCGCCGCGUGCGUGUCCCACUUCCUCAACUGUCUUGUUGGCGACAAGAUCAACGCCAGUCCCGAGGCUCGCCCGGCUGCCACGCCCCUUUCGGACGUUGCCGAAGCUGAGUGGACCAAGCUCACUCCCGAGACGCUUCGCGAACAGCUCAAGGCUGAGAUCCGCAAGCGCUUCCGAUUCGAGCUGCCAGCCAGCUUCUUUGAUCAGGAGCUGCGACGUCCUCAGCUGCUCCGUGAAGUUGCUCUGCGCACCGGCAUCCAGCUCAAGCUGCAGGACUACGUCCUCGAGGGCAAGCUUGCUGAAGCCGAUGGCAAUGUGUCCGACGAUUCGCAUGGCGAAUCGCAGCCGAACGGAAAUGCCGCUGGCAAGAAGAGCGGCAAGGGCAAGAAGAAAGGUAGCAACGACCAGCAGAAUGGAGUCAAGAAGGCGAACGGCGCUGCCAUCACCGCAAAGCCAGUCAAGACGUUGCGAACCACGAGUUUCGUGCCCGAAGACGUACUCAACUUGGUUCCGUUGGUCAAGGACUCGACGCCCAAGAGCACGCUGGCCGAGGAAGCGUUCGAGGCGGGUCGUAUCUCAAUCAGCCGCGGUGACCGCGAUCUUGGUCUUGAGCUGCUGCUCGAGGGAGUCAGCUUCCACGAACAGGUGUACGGACUGGUACAUCCCGAGGUGGCACGCUGCUACGCGCUGUUCGCCACCAUCAUCCAUCACCUUGCCGGAGUCGCGGCCAUGGAACGGGCCGAGCUGAUCAAUCAGGCCAAGACGGAGAACCAGGAGAUCACCGAGGCGGAUCUGCCGGCUGUCAACGACCACUUGAGCAUGGCCAACGCGGUGCGAUACCAGAGGCAGGCCGUGACCGUCUCGGAGCGCACGCUGGGUGUCGAUCACCCCGAGACGCUGAACCAGUACAUGAAUCUGGCUGUGCUCGAGCGAUCAGCAGGCAACACGCGCGAGUCGCUGCUCUGCCAGCGUAGGGUGCUCGAGCUCUGGAGUCUGCUGUAUGGGCAGCAUCAUCCCGAUUGCAUCAAUGCGCUGUCCAACGUAGCGCUGACGCUGCAGAACGCGCGACUGUUCGAGCCCAGUCUGCGUGUCUACCGAUCUGCGCACGAGCUUGCGCUGUCGCUCUUCGGCGCUGACAGCAUCCACACUGCCAACCUGGCUCACGAGCUGAGUCAAGCGUACACGCUCGCUGGAGACCUCAAGACGGCGCUUGCCGUAGAGAAGGAGGCCUGGCGAGUGUUUGAAGCGCGACUGGGCAAGGACGAUGCGCAGACCAAGGAGAGCGAAGCAUUCUGCUCGAGCCUUGCGGCGUCUGCUGUGCGUGUGGCCAAGCUGGAGAAGGAGGCGAGCGAGCGUCAGGCUCGUCUGCCCGCCUCUCGCCGAGGCAACGGAGCCAUCGCCGGAGCGCCUAGUGCUAUUGCUGGAACUGCUGCUUCGUCGGCAAGCGCUAACGGCACGGCGAACAAGUCGCUCGACGAGAUCGUUCGUUUCAUCCAGGGAGGCUCCAACGGCUCGCCCGCCAAGAGCAAGGGCAAGAGCAAAGCCAGCCGCAAGUAA